CUAUGCAGCGGGGAUUGUGACGUGUUUCCGACUACACUCUCUACUGGGCAAACAGUUUCCGGUUCCGUAUUAGAUCUGACGCGCGAAAGUUAACAACGACAAACAUUCUAGUUAUUCUUAUCUUGGCAGCUUAACUAUGGAGAAAAAGGUUUUCCGAUAUCAAAAGCUAAUGCGACCUAGUUCGGAACAUUGUUGUGUGCCGUCGUGCGUUGUGUCGGCAAGAUACAACUCGACUGUGAGUUUUCAUUCAUUUCCCGUGGAAGAGGAUCUCAGAAAAAAAUGGAUCGUUAAGAUCAGGAGGGAUGACUUCCAAGUCAACAAAAACACAAAGGUGUGUAGUGUUCAUUUCAAACCUGAUGACUUUAUGGAAGGGACUAGACUGAGACGUCUGAAAAAAGGUGCUUUCCCUACACUGUUUGAGUGGAACCGUUACCAAGUGCAGCCGCCGAGGUCGAGUGUUUGGGAACGGCGAGAGAGACCGCUGCCCCCUGAUCCUGACUCGGACGUAGAGCAAGAUAUGGAUAUUGACGUGGAGAGGACUGGACACGAUUAUUGUUCAGUUCCCGAAGCUGCAGCUGUGGACAUGGUAUUACAUGAAAAUGAGGAGUUGACGAGGGAGAUAGAAGAUCUACGGAAGCAGUUGGACCAGACCAAGAUCAUACUUCGCUUCGGUCUCCAGAGAUUUGCUGGGUCCGAUGAGGACAUACGCUUUUAUACAAGAUUUGCAACCUAUAACCACCUGAUGGCCUUCUGGGAACUGAUUGAACCGGCAACACACAGAAUGAUUCGUGUCACCAACUCCAAAGUCACCAAGGAGGCUGGAAACACUCGGGCACUUCCUGCAAUAGAUGAGUUCUUCCUGUUCAUGAUGCAUCUUGCUUUGGGCCUCAAGCAAAAGGACCUUGGUCAUCGCUUCCAUGUACAUCAGGCCACUGUGAGCCGCAUCAUAACAACCUGGGCCAACUUCCUGUACUUUGUCCUGGGGUCAGUGUGCAUUUGGAUGCCGAAAGAGAGAGUACGAGCCCAUUUGCCAGAGGAAUUUCAUCUUUUCCGAGACACACAGGUUAUCCUGGAUUGUACUGAGAUCCGCUGCCAAACACCUUCCUCUUUGCUAUUACAAAGGUCUAUAAGUGACAGGGAGUUGUUCAAACAGUCAGGGAUCAUUAACCUUCUUACCCCUGACAUGGCCAUCAUGGUGGAUAAGGGCUUCUUAAUUGACAGCCUAGUGCCAUGCAAAAUUCACCGGCCUGUUUUCCUGACCAAGGGAAAACAAAUGCUACCUCAUGAAGUGACACACACUCAGUCUGUGGCCAGGCUCAGGCAUAAACCAACUGUUUACAGUGGCAUGUUUGCUUGUGAACUACCAAUGUGGACCACUUGUCAAGGCAUGGAGCCACUGAGUCUAAAAACCCUCAUCCUUGUUAAUGUGCUAAGGUAA